UACGCUUGCUCCAUGUGUUUGAUUUUCUGUGCCAGUGAUAACAGUCGGCGUAUGAAAGCGCACCACCCUAUAUAUCCACAUAACCUGAGACUCCGCUCCGCAUUUUCUCCCAGUUAACACUCAGUGCCCGAGCCGUCUUCUCGCCUGAGCGUUUCCACUUCACUCUCAGAACCGUGAGCAACGACUCCUCACCGGGUUGAAGUUUGCCGAGCACAACGUUUAAAGCGCUCAGCCAGAUAGGUUCAUGUGGCGGUACCCCGGCCUCAGCGUAGUAUUUUCGGCCAAAAAGUGGGAUCCUCCACCGCGGGCUCUUCAAAGUCAGCUGCUACUCCCGUUUUAGAGGGGGUCAUGUUCUGAUUUGGUCCGUUUGUUGAGGUAGCAAACGCUCAUCUUAUCCAACACCUCCGGAUGUACUGCAGUGUGAAUGCCCAGAGCCGGUAGCUACUGUGCCGCGGAGUAACGGAGUACGACUGAAGUGCACCAUGUUGAGAUUACGCACCGCUGUCCUGUGCGCUUUCUCUUUUCUCUGUCUGGCAGUGGGAGCGGAUGUUAAAACUCGAAACUGCAGCGAAGUCAGAGACGCUUACACCGCUAAAGGCUUCAGCUUUACUAAUGUCCCUUACCAGGAAAUCUCAGGUGAGCAUCUGCGCAUAUGCUCCCAGGAGAAGACCUGCUGCUCGGCAGAGAUGGAGGACACUUUCAGCCAACAGAGCAAAACAGACGUCGAGAAUCAGCUUGAUGGAAUAAGUCAAGACCUAAGAGCCACAUUUGUGUCUCGGCAGAAAAGGUUUGAUGAGUUUUUCUUGGAGCUUCUGGAGAACACCGAGAGGUCUCUGAAUGAGAUGUUUGUGCGGACAUAUGGCAAGCCGUACAUGCAAAACGCGGAGGUCUUUCAGAACUUGUUUACGGAGCUGAAACGCUACUACAAGGGUGGCAACGUCAACCUGGAGGAAAUGCUCAACGACUUUUGGACCCGGUUGUUGGAGCGCAUGUUCAAACUUCUCAACUCCCAGUACGUGAUCACAGAGGACUAUCUGGAAUGUAUCAACAAGUACACGGACCAGCUCAAGCCCUUUGGAGACGUGCCCAAGAAACUGAAAUCUCAGGUUACGAGGGCCUUCGUCGCAGCGCGCACAUUCGUCCAGGGCCUCACGGUCGGGAGAGAGGUGGCCAACAGGGUGUCCAAGGUGAGCAUGUCCCCGGCUUGCCUAAAAGCACUCACAAAAAUGCUCUACUGUCCUUACUGCCAAGGCGUGCCAUCAGCCAAGCCCUGCAAGAACUACUGUCUGAACGUGAUGAAGGGCUGUCUCGCCAACCAGGCGGAUCUGGAUCCCGAGUGGAAUCAGUUCAUUGAUGCCAUGUUGCUGGUGACUGAGAGGCUGGAAGGACCCUUCAACAUUGAGUCUGUAAUGGAGCCGAUCGAUGUCAAGAUCUCAGAAGCCAUCAUGAAUAUGCAAGAUAACACUGUAGAAAUCACCCACAGAGUUUUUCAAGGAUGCGGUCAACCCAAGCCCUCAGGAAUGGGCAGGUCUGCCCGUGGCAUCUCGGAUGUGUUCAACGCCCGCUUCAGGCCCUACAGCCCCGAGGAGCACCCCACCACAGCGGCUGGCACCAGCCUGGACAGAUUGAGGAUUGUGUGGAGGACAAUGCAACAAAGCGUUGUUGAUGUGAAGGAGAGGCUGAGGAACUCCAGGAAGUUCUGGUCAAGCCUGCCAGAUGGCAUCUGCCAUGAGGACAACAGGACGUCCAGCAACUCCAGCUCCGAGGACUGCUGGAAUGGCCACAGCAGGGGCAGGUAUUUCCCUGAGGUGCUGAAGGACGGUCUGACUAACCAGGUCAACAACCCUGAGGUGGCUGUGGACAUCACCCGGCCCGACUCCUUCAUCCGCCAGCAGAUCAUGACUCUCAGAAUGAUGACUAACAAGCUCAAAAACGCUUACAAUGGCAACGACAUUUACUUUCAAGACUCCAGUGAUGAGGGCAGCGGCUCAGGCAGUGGGAGUGGCUGUCUGGAGCCCUGCGUGACGGAGACGGAGCCCGUCCAGACAGAGGGGCCGGUGGUGGAGGCGGACCGGGGCGAGGAGCCCUCUUCCUCCUCACACACACACUCCCCCUCAGCCCUCCUCUUCCUCCUCACCCUCUCAGUACUCGCACUGCACAGCUGCUGGAGAUAGUGCCAGGAGAACGGCCCCACACUCAUACGUACCUACAUGCACAUAUAUACACACACACACACACACACAUAUUCUAUAUAUAUACAUGACAGACUGCAGUUUUUCUAUGCUGUUUUUGUACUUACUCUGCCGAUAAGACUUCUGUUUGGUCUUCUUACCUGGACGUGUGUGAAGAGUGUGGAGUGGGGGGGGGGGGGGGGGGCAGCGUCGGCCCACGCCCCCUCAGCUCUCCCAAAGAGUGCUUCAUAACAAGAGUCAGCCUUCCCCAAGCAAAUGGACACGUCCGCGGUUCUACGACAUGAUAUAUAUGAGAUAGUCAUCUCAUACUUACUUUUGUGUGUAAUGUUGUUAUUUUGAAAGUACCUUUUACUUUGAUUUUUUUUCUUAAGUAGGACUUUUGCAGACAAUGAGUGGUGAGACACACCUAAACACUGUAGUCAUUUAUAUGGGAUAGCUUCUUGCUACAGUCAUGCAGUGUUAGCAUUCAUAGUAUGGGUCCCACCACUUGAUUGUAUUAAAGUAUUACCACUUGAAAGGGAUGUUCUGGAAGUUCAAGGAUUAUAGAGUGAUUUACAUUUUUCUACCAAAAAAGAUGUCACAUUUUGCAUAUACGUUAUGAUAUAGACAUGGGAUUUUUAUAGAUUUCCUCAUGCAUCAGAUGCUUUUCAUUUUGCCAAUUAGGAAUAUAUAGGGUCAACACAUAAAUUGAAAUCCAGAUGCCUGUUCCUGUCCAGUGGGGCUUGGUGUUAUUCCUAGGGAAUCCAUCCUUUACUAACCAUCCUAAUCUGCUCCUCGGAGCUCUCGUGUUCAUGUGCUUCUCCAACUGGAAUGUUGUGGCAUCCAUGUGAUUGGCCCCUAUCAGAGAUAGUUCACAUUGGGAGAUACUAAUACCCUGGCCUGCUCAGUCUUGUGGUUCACCAAAUUCCAUUCCGGCGCUCCCUGCCAUCGCCUCUCGGUUCCCACACUGAGCAUGCUCAGAGCAGACAAUGGCAGUGGAUUUAGAACUCAGCAGCUGAACUAAACCAUGAGAAGUGUUGACUUUUUUGAAAUUCAACACAGAACAUAUAAGUCCCAGGAACACAAUUCUGCUCCCAAAAAUGACCUGUAUUCUGUGAUCCAAAGUAUUCAAUGCCACUAUUAAUGAAUCAUCAGUAACAACCAAUCACAAUCAACGGAGUGAAUCUAGGUAAUGCACACAACAGUUUUACCACUUAAUCUUCCUAGUUUACAAACUAAUGGAAAUGAUCUGAACAAAUAUCUUUAGACAAGUAUAUGGAUUUCACACAAAACAAACUGUCAAGGCAUUUGUAAAUUUCGGUUGGUAUCUUCAUUUUCUCAUUCAAACAAGAUUUUAUAUUUUCCUAUGUGUGGGAUAAUACAAAGUAGACAUGCCAAGCUGUGUGGCUAUUCACACUAUCGGUUUAUAUUUUGUUUCAGACACCAGGACAUGUCUUUUUAUGUACAUGACAUAUGUGUGUGUGUGUGUGUUAAUCUAUGUUUGUAUGCUUGUAUUGGUUCCUGUGUGUGUGUGUGU